UGUCUUAGUGGCAAGCGUGAGGGUAUAUAUAGCUCGCCUCCAGCACACACACAACAUCCUCAGCUGAUCCUCACACCGACAACAUCACCAACAUGAAGCUCUUUGUGUUUGCCUGCCUCGUGGUUCUGGCAGCUGCCCGACCUCAGAAAGAUGCCGAGACGGUGGUUGACGAGCGCAGCGACUCUGGUGACGGCAACUUCAACUUCAACUUUGAGACGAGUCACGGCAUCUCCGAGCAAAGGACUGGCGUGCCCGGCGCCGAGGGUCAGGUUAACAUGGAGGGUGUCUUCAGGUUCCCAUUGGAAGAUGGAUCCAUUGCAGAGGUUCGCUUUAUCGCCAACGAGAACGGCUACCAGCCCGAGUCUGCCCUCAUCCCCACAUCCCACCCCCUACCAGCUCACGCCAUCGAGCAGAUCGCCUUCGCUGAAGAACAGCGCGCUCGAGGAAUCACCUUCGAGUAAAUCAAUGGUUUUCUGACCCAACUGCCCAACGCCCUCGUCACCUUCUCGACACUUCCUCCUUGUACAUACAGAACUCUGAUCACAGGUUUUGACUCCCCUCCAGCUCCUACCAGACCUCUGAACACAAUCCAGCAGAUACACAUGUGUACAGUCAAUAAAAAUUUUUGCAGGCCAA